GCCACACCUGCCGGGCCUCUUCCAGAGCCUCCUUCUGUGGAAGAGUCCAGGCCCGCCCAGAAGAUGAAGGCUCAAGGCUGUGUGACCCCACACUCAAGAGAAGUUGGUUCCAGCACCAUGAGAGGCAUCCUCACUGCUGUGGUCACUACAGCACUGGCCAUCGCAGCUGUAGAGUCCCUCCGCUGCAAACAGUGUGAUUCACUUAAUUCCUGUACCGUCACCAGGGCCUCCAAAUGCCCUCCGCAUGCCAGCACCACCUGUGUCAGUUCCUUGGCCAACUCCUUCCUAGGAAGAGAAGUCAGAAUGCAGCAGGAGAUGCUCUGCUCAGCAGCCAGCUGCAGCAGGGAGAUGGAUUCACUUCUAGCCUUCACUGUCCACGUGUCUGACGGAGAACACUUCCAUUUCGAAAGCCAGUGCUGCCAAGGAAAGACGUGUGGUGCCACCAGCAGGGCCCUGGAUUCUCCGCUGGAAGAUCUUUCCAGCACAGAGUGCCCUGCUUGUCAUGCCUCUGACGUCACAUCCUGUGUCGAGAAACCCCGGAAGUGUUACAAAGAAGAACGGUGUGUCUAUCUCAUUGCCCAGUAUCAUAAUGCCACCGAGACGCUUGUGCUGAAAGGCUGCUCCAACAUUGGGAUCUCCACCUGCCAGCUCCUGUCUGCUGGAAACCAGCCGACCAGUGUACUCACCUUCCAAAAGGUUGAAUGUACAGACGCCUUAGUCGCCACCUCCAAUCAGGCCACCAAGUCCAAAAUGAGCUCCCCCACCUCCAGUCAGGCCACGGACUUCAGUACAGGCUCCCUCACCUCCAGUCAGGCCACGGACUUCAGCACAGGCUCCUCCACCUCCAGUCAGGCCACGGAGUUCAGCACGGGCUCCCCCACCUCCAGUCAGGCCACGGACUUCAGCACAGGCUCCCCCACCUCCAGUCAGGCCACGGACUUCAGCACGGGCUCCCCCACCUCCAGUCAGGCCACGGACUUCAGCACGGGCUCCCUCACCUCCAGUCAGGCCACUGACUUCAGCACGGGCUCCCUCACCUCCAUCAGGCCACUGACUUCAGCACAGGCUCCCCCACCUCCAGUCAGGCCACUGACUUCAGCACGGGCUCCCCCACCUCCAGAUAGGCCACUGACCCCAGAACAGGCUCCAUAACCUCCCCAGCCCCCCAACCAGCCACCCACACCAACUCUGGCGCCAGAGCCUUCCUCAGCCCCUUGGUUCUUGCCAGCCUCUUUCUGCUGGGCUGCUGCUCUGAGGUCCCAGCACUCUCUUCUGCCUGUGUCCUGUGGCUGCAACUGUCCAUUGCUUCCUGGGCUGGAAGUCACAGGACCUUCCAGGAAUGCCAAAG